AUGGAAAAAAAUUACCGGGCUAUAGCUGCAAACCCGCUCACGGGGCGUGUUGUUGGCGGACACGAGGCACUUCCACAUAGCUGGCCAUGGCAAGUCUCUUUGCAGUUUGCUUAUGAGAACGAUCCUAACUACUUCCAACAUAUGUGUGGUGGAUCCCUUAUUUCUGGAAAAUGGGUUAUGACUGCAGCACAUUGCAUUGUUGACAUCCCAGGAAGAUUUGCUGUUGUUCUCGGAGAGCACGAUCUGGAACACAAAGGCAACGAAUAUUUGAGACAUGUUCAAUUAAUCAUCACUCAUGAGAAAUGGAACCCAAUGUAUCUCGACAGAGGAUAUGACAUUGCCCUACUCCGUCUGGCGGAGCCUGCGUAUGCAACAUCUGAUGUAAUGCUAGCUCGCUUACCAGCUGAAGGAGAAAUCCUUCCUGAUGGGUACCAGUGUUACAUCACAGGAUGGGGAUUAACUGAACCUUUUGGUGCUCGUGCUCCCAUGCUACAAGAAGCUUUGCUCCAAGUGGUGGGCUAUGCUACAUGCUCAUCACCAAACUGGUGGUCAAGCAUCGUCAACCAAGACAUGAUCUGUGCAGGGGGUGAUGGGAUGACAGCUGGUUGUCAGGGAGAUUCUGGUGGCCCUUUGAAUUGUAUGGAUGACACUGGAGCCUGGAUUGUUCAUGGUAUUGUAAGCUUUGGGCCAUCUUCCUGUUUACUAGAAAGGCAUCCGACUGUUUUCACCCGUGUAUCAGCUUUUACUAAUUGGAUUUUCAAGACUAUGGAACAAAAUGGUGGCAGUUAAGACAAUUCCUGUAUGCUAUCAACUGUGAUGUCAAGC